UGCAUUGCGAGUGAACCACAAUGGGCGUAUUCAACCGGAUCACUUUUAGGAAAAGGCUGAGCUAGAAUGCUACAGUUGUCAACAAUGUUAUCCCCAACGCGAAAACUAGAUGGAGCUGAAUUUGGUAGCCAUUACCAUACAAACAAUCAGUCUCGACAAACCAUCAGCAGGAAGAGGCUAUACGGACACGCCUGGCGCUCAAAUUGUUGACGUAUGUCGAGCAGUGAGAGUCGUCCUCAAGAGCACCUCUUAAGGCUGAAGGUAUCUCUAGACUAACAUGGCGCUCUUGACAGUAAAAUAAGCAAGGAGAUAGACCAGAUGCUUUUCAACUUUCUGUGGAGAAACCGUACCCAUUACACCAGGAAAACUUGUAAUGAACACAGAAUUUUCUGGACUUUACUACCUUAAAUAAUAAUUUUAAGAUCAAUUGGAUUAAACAAUUCCUAAGAAGACCCACUUCUAUCAGGAAUGUUAUUCCUCAUCAUGUCUUCUCUACUUUUGGUGGCCUUAACUUCAUGUUGUUUUGCAAUUAUAAUAUUGACAAAGUUCCAGUGAAACUUUCUGCUAUGUUCACCCUCACAAUUACCACACUUAACUUUUAAAUUUCUCCCACAUUCACCGUAAGCAUGUUCUCCUCCACAUUUUGCACACUUUUUGAUUCCUUUACAUUGAACAGCUACAUGUCCCAUUCUUUGGCAUUUACAGUGCAUUCAGAAAGUAUUCAGACCCUUUGCCUUUUUCCACAUUUUAUUAUUCUAAAGUGGAUUAAAUAAAUCACAGUACCCCAUAAUAACAAAGUGAAAACAGGUUGUUAGACAUUUUUGAAAAUGUACUAAAAAUAAAAAACAGAAAUAUCUGUAAGAAUUGUGAGUAGAGCUCUGAGUCAGGAUUGUGUUGAGGCACAGCUCUGGGGAAGGGUACCAAAAAAUGUCUGCAGCAUUGAAGGUCCCCAAGAAUACAGUCAUUCUUAAAUGGAAGAAGAUUGGAACCACCAAGACUCUUCCUACAGCUGGCCGCCCAGCAAAACUAAGAAACCAGCAAUCAGGCUUUUAUAGUAGAGUGGCCAGACGGAAGCCACUCCUCAGUAAAAGGCACAUGACAGCGUGCUUGGAGUUUGCUAAAAUGAACCCAAAGGACUCUCAAACCAUGAGAAACAAGAUUCUCUGGUCUGAUUAAACCAACUUUUUAGCCUGAAUGUCAAGUGUCACGUCUGGAGGAAACCUGGCUCCAUCCCUACGGUGAAGCAUGGUGGUGGCAGCAUCAUGCUGCAGGGAUGUUUUUCCGCAGCAGGGACUGUGAGACUAGUCAGGAUCGAGGGCAAGAUGAAUGGAGCAAAGUACAGAGAGAUCCUUGAUGGAAACCUUAUCCAGAGUGCCCCAGGACCUCAGACUGGGGGGAAGGUUCACCUUCCAACAGGAAAAAAAACCUAAGCACACAGCCAAGACUGCAGGAGUGGCUUCAGAGUGGCCCUGCCAGAGCCCGGACUUGAACCUGAUCGAACAUCUCUGGAGAGACCUGAAAAUAGUUGUGCAGUGACGCUUCCCAUCCAAUCGGACAGCACUUGAGAAGAAUGGGAGAAACUCCCAGAAUACAGGUGUGCCAAGCUUUUAGUGUCAUACCAAGAAUGCUCGAGGCUGCAAUUGCUGCCAAAGGUGCUUUAACAAAGUACUUAGUAAAGGGUCUGAAUACUUAUGUAAAUGUGAUUAAUAAAAAAUGUAAAAAUUGCACACAGAAAUACAAACCUUGUUUUGCUUUGUCAUUAUAGGGUAUUGUGUGUAGAUUGAUGAGGGGGGAACACUUUAAUCACUUUUAGAAUAAGGCUGUAAUGUAACAAACCGUGGAAAAGUCAAGGGGUCUGAAUACUUUUGGAAUGCACAGUAAAACAACGCAGUGCCCUCACGAGCCCUUCCCAAUUAGCUAGAUGUGGCUAGAAACUUCAGUGAGAUAAAAAUGUGUCUGCCGAAGUUGUGUUACCUGCUGCCCCAAGGUUAGAACUCCCUUUCUAGGGGUUCUGAUACUUCUAGUCUUGAGAUUCAUUUUUUUUUACAACAUAUCUACAGUAUUUCACUUUUUAAUGUGUAUAGUAUUGCUUACUAGAUGUUGUCCAAUGAAUUAUGUAACCACUCCCUCUUCAAAUCAGGGUUGAUUGGAAAAAUCUUUUCAAAAGAGGACAUGUAUUAUAUCUUUGUACUCCCUGAUGAAGGCCAUGCAGCCGAAACGGAUCAGAGUUUUUAAACUUUGUUUCCAUUGAACAUUGCCACAAAAAUGAAGGCAUUUUAAUUAAUUAUAUUAAAAAGUGCCUCGGUCCUCCUUUCCUUUUGAUGACCAAUUUACCCCUUUUUCCAAAGAGCACCGUCUGUCUGGCAAAAUCUACUAUUGUGUACCUCAGCAGUGCUUGAUUCCCUUUGUUUUUGUUUCUGUCAAAAUGGAUGAUGGACAUCAACAAAUGAAUACAUACCAUACGAUUUACGUUUACAGUGAGGGAUUCAACUCAUCUGGCCAGGGCCCCGGGUAGGCGUGUUUUGCACCCAGUAAAAGUGGAUUGUAUUAGUUUUGGAAUCGGACUGCCUCCCAGGCGUGAGCCAGGUGCCCUGUUCAAAGCCCACGGCAAAAUUGUCUUAAUUAUGUAGGUGGAGUAGGUGAGUAGAAAUCUGUGCUUUAACAUGCCUUUAUCUGCCUUCCCAAAUGAAACCUAGUUUAUAAACUCAAACAUUUUAUGGAAAAGAGAUGUUUCUUGCUGAUACGCCAUGCUGUCUGUCGACAUGACCGAGAGGCACAGAUUACUGUUCGAUGUGAAAGGGCGCUCACUGCCUUUGCCCGUUCAUAUCACCGGUGAUGGAUCCGUGUCCUGCAGAUCAGUAUAAUUAAAUCCGCCCUAUGUUACGUCUACCCCUGAUUCCAGGUUGGCCAACGGUCCUCUACAUUGUGCUCUGAUUGUCCAAUCAAAAGAAGCCGGAUGAAGGAUGUGCUUAACUCGGCGUUUUCAUUGGCCAAGAAGACAAGCCAAGGCUUUGGAUGAAUUCAUCAGCACAUUGCACACGUGAUAUGUGCGCGCUGGUCCUGAUUAGCUGACAAACAGCUGAUGAACAUGGCAAGGACACAGUUUAAAGGACAGACGGGAGGAAGGCAUACUGAGUAGGAAUAACCACAAUGGAACAUACAAACUAUUUUUAGGGCGCGACCGAUUAUUUAUUAUCGUCCCGCAGUAGUCUGUGACCUUGGGAUUUUGACAGAUUUUGCUUAGAACCGGCGAUUUGGAAUUCUACAUAUCUUUCAUAUACCGAAUUUCAUUUAGCUAAGGUCGAGCCCAUUUAGCAAUGGAUUUUAUAUUGAGCGGGGCAGCUGCCUGCGGAGCUUGCCUGUUCACUAACCCACUGGAGGUUGUCAAAACUCGAAUGCAAUUACAAGGAGAGCUCAAAAACCGGGGGACCUACCAGAUUUACUACCGCAACGUUUUCCACGCUUUUUACACUAUCGGCAAAGUAGAUGGACUAGCUGGUUUACAGAAAGGGUUGGUACCGGGACUUGUCUAUCAGUUUUUCAUGAAUGGAGUUCGGCUUGGGUCGUAUUCAAUCAUUGAGUCAUCUGGAUACAUCCACACGGAUGGGAGGGUUAGUGCUGCUAAAACCACAGUAGCAGGGGCUGCCGCUGGAGUAGUUGGGGCAGUGAUGGGAAGUCCCAUCUACUUGGUGAAGACUCACAUUCAAAGUCAGGCCACUUCCUCUAUAGCUGUUGGACAUCAGUAUCAACAUCAGGGGAUGGUCCAUGCUCUGGCAGCGAUCCACAAGCAGCAUGGUAUCCUAGGCCUGUGGAGGGGCUCCAGUGCAGCUGUACCCAGGGUCAGUGUGGGGUCAGCUGCUCAACUCUACUCCUUCGCUGCCUCCAAGGAGCUUGUCGUUGACCUACAGGUGUUCCCGGAGGGCAGCUGGCUGGUGGCUCUGUGCGCAGGGAUGAUCAGCAGUGUGGUGGUGGUGGCAGCCAUGACACCCUUUGACGUGGUCAGUACACGGCUCUACAACCAACCUGUGGAUCAUACAGGCAAGGGAGAGCUCUAUAAAGGUUUUGGGGACUGCUUCUCGAAGACACUGAAGAUGGAGGGUGUGACAGGGCUCUACAAAGGCCUGGGUGCAUCCUACUUCCGUCUAGGGCCACACACCAUCCUGUCUCUACUGUUCUGGGACGAACUGAGGAAGCUCUGGCAGCAGCACAGACAGUAGCCGGCAGGCAGGACAAGCUCUUACUCUGCCAGCAACACAGAUAAUAUCAGGAAAGGGAAUGGUCGCGUUCCAGGCCAUCAACAAAGCAGUUGCGCUGCAUAAAUUAACCAAUGAUUGCCACGUCAUCUACAUUGCACUCGGGCAUUAGAAUGAUACUUUUUUUGUAUGGUUUUAUUUGUAUAUUUUUCUCAAACAAUAACAACCAUACAUAAACAAUACAAAACACACACAAAUUUCAUCAAACAUAAAUGGCAUCACACCAUAGCAUUCUGCCAUAUGGCCUCAAAUUGCACUGUUCUAUUUUAUCCGUAGCCCACACCUUUUGAAUAUUUACAUAAUACAUUUGAUUCAUCCACUGUCAUAGUGAUGGAGGAUAAUUUGAUUACCAGUUUUUGAUGAGAAGUUUUUCAAAAUCAUUGACGAGAAAAGUAUGGUCCGCCCUGUUUGAGUAUCUCACCGCACCCUAAUAUGCCACGUCUUGAUAUAUGCAGAUAGACAGAUUUAAAGCAAAUUUACAUUGUAAACUUAACUUUUGUAACUGUAACUUUUAGACCUAGCACUCCCAGAAAGCAUGGAUUAUUAAGUCCAUGUUAGUUUUACACUUGAGACAUGACUCUACUGUUGUCCUGUAGAAUUUGUAAAAUUUGUCUCUUGUAUAAUAAAUUCUAUACAUGAGUUUA